AGACUAUUCUUAUUAUUUUAUUUGACAUUGCAAAUUUUUUUUUCCUUACAAUUAAUUGUAUUUAAUUUAUUAACUUUGAUAUUAUGUUCAACAACUGUAUCUCUAAUUCAUAUACGAUAUGUAAUAGAUACAAAUUAUAUUUGUCAUAUUUUCAUAUAUUCUUUAUGAUAUUUACUUUUGGAUUUUUUAUCCUACCUAUAUCGUACAUUCAUCUUAUUUUUUUAUUUUUUUGCAUGUACUUUCUAAAUUUCUUAAUUGAUUACAUUUAUGCCUUCGAAAUAUUCUGCAUAUUAUGUGUCUUUUGUUUCUUAUUAUCUAUCUUCUUAAUUUGUAAUAUUUUCUUAUGAACAAUUGGCAAUUUUUUUAUUUUGAAAUGUUUAUUGCAGCUUUUAUACAACUUGUAAUAACAAUGUCCUUUUUUUAUUAUAUUAUACAAUUCUUGUUCAAUCUAUGUUUAUCUUCGGGAAGGCUAUAAGCUGCAAUGUUUCUUUACAAUCAAAUUACAAUAUUUGAUGCUUAAUAAAAUGUUUAUAAUAAAUGUUUUUUUUAUUUCGAGCCUUAUUCUAUUAAUUCCAUCUUUUAAAAUAGUAAAAAGACUGAUAUAUAUAUUUUGUUUAAUACCUAGCAGUAAACCAUCUCUCUGCAAUAACUAUAAGCAGAUUGUAAUUUCAAAAUUACUUGUCUAAAUACAUAUAAAUACAAUGUCUAAUAUAAAUGAUACCUGAACAACAGUUUGAUAGAAAUUAUCGAUACAUUGACGGCAUUGUUCAAAUAAUUAGUUUCGUGGCUGUAUUUUAAUAUGUUCAUAUUAUAUGUAUUAUUAAAAUUGCUUUUAAAUAGCUUUCAGUUAUUUGUACAUUCAGUACUUUUCAUCAAAUACGUUCUUCAGGCUAAGUAUAUACUUGAUAUAUAGAAUAUAUAUCAAAUAUCUGCAUGUGAUACUACAUGUUUUGAGAUUUUAGUCAUACUUAAUUUAAGUUAAAAUUAUAGCCCUUCAGCGCUCAAUUUAGAAUACAUAGCAGCACAGUUAUUAUUUUAUAUAACUUUCAUGCUAGACAUAUUAAGAUUCACGUUUAACUGUACAUAAGUCUUUCACUAAGUGAACCGAUAAAACGGAUUAGUAGUAAUAUUAAGAGUUUAAUGAAAUUAUCAUCGGAUAAUCAACUUGAACAUCGAUAUAUACGGAGUAAUGCAAGUAUCUACAGGUUUAUUCAGAAGCUGAACAUUUUGUGUUUUACUUUCUUUUUCUCUUGAACAUCUAAUUGUAUGUUCAUUUCAUUCCAAGUGCAGAAAGUGCAACGUAGAUCAGUUAUCAAGAAUAGGUAUGUCACAAAUUUAAGACCGUACACUAAAGAGAUGUGGAAAGACGUGUAAAUAAAUAUGAUAGCAGAUGUGUCCUUAUCUGAAAAUUAAUUUGUUGUAUAAAGGUUUCUCGAUAAGUCGAACAUUCAGGAAUACGCAUGAUCUGAUACAUGAGUGUGUAAUAGAGGUGGUAAAAUAUUUCGUUGAGCUUGAUAACCUCAAAAAUUGAUAUAUUAAUGAAUUUAACAUUUAGUUUCUCUGAACAAUCUAUUCGUUUUCAUUCCUGACUUCGAAAUGGACAAGUUAAGGAGAGCUCUAAAUGGCAAUGAACGAUGCGAUGAAGAAAGCGGUAUUAUUACCCAGGUUGAUGCAGAUUUUGUGGUCAUGGAUCAAACAACGUUAAGUUGGUCUACCAGGAUAAAAGGUUUUGCAAUUUGUUUCAUCGUAGGAAUACUAUGUUCAUUCCUUGGAUCCUUUGCCUUGUUCUUACAGAAAGGUCUUGCUGUAUUUGCGGUAUUUUAUACUCUAGGCAACAUUAUUUCUUUAGCCAGUACGUGUUUCUUGAUGGGUCCAUUUAAUCAAUUAAAGAAGAUGUUUGCAUCGACAAGAAUAAUUGCAACUAUAUUAGUAUUUGUCUCGAUUGCUUUAACAUUGUUUGCAGCUUUACAUUUGCAUAAUCCUGGUCUAGCACUUCUAUUUAUAAUUAUACAGUCACUAGCUAUGACAUGGCAUUCCCUAUCGUAUAUACCAUAUGCUCGUGAUGCUGUCAAAAAAACGGUGGAAGCUUGCAUUACAUAAAAAACCAAUUAUCUUUUCUUUUAUCUAUAAUUAAACUUAUUAUGCGAAUAUAUUAUUUAAAUUUUUUGGUCUUUGAAUCGUUUG